AGCUGCUGGAGGACCUGUCCGAGAGCCGGGAGUGCGUCAACUGCGGCUCCAUCCAGACCCCGCUGUGGAGGAGGGACGGCACCGGCAACUACCUGUGCAACGCCUGCGGGCUCUACACCAAAAUGAACGGCCUCAGCCGGCCCCUCAUCAAGCCCCAGAAGAGAGUGCCCUCGUCGCGGCGGCUGGGCUUGUCCUGUGCCAACUGCCACACCACGACCACCACCCUGUGGCGAAGGAACGCCGAGGGCGAGCCUGUCUGCAACGCCUGCGGGCUCUACCUGAAGCUCCACGGGGUUCCCCGACCUCUGGCUAUGAAAAAAGAAGGAAUUCAGACCAGGAAGCGAAAACCUAAGAACAUAAAUAAGUCAAAGGCAUGCUCUGGUAACAGUACUACUGCGGUUCCUAUGACUCCAACAUCCACGUCUUCUACUAACUCGGAUGACUGCAGCAAAACCACUUCUCCCAGCACACAGACUGCAGCCUCCGGGGCGAGCUCAUCGGUGAUGUCAGGCCCAGGAGAUAGCACCAGUCCCGAAAGCAGCAACCUUAAGUAUUCGGGUCAAGAUGCGCUGUACACAGGAGUCAGCCUGACCUCCACGGCCGAAGUGACGGCGUCUGUGAGACAGGAUCCCUGGUGUGCCCUGGCUCUGGCGUGACUCGGCAUGAGGGAAGCUGGAUCCUGGCGCUGCGCGGCAGCCCCCAGACGUCCGCGCACGGUUUCUUCUGCAGAGCAGUUGCAGUGGCAGAGAGAGUGCUGGCAAAGACCAUUCCUCCGAAAUUGUUUUCGUGCCUUGGUGGCAGAGGUGUUUUUCAGCCUUUGAGAGAGGCUCUGCCGAAGCAUCCAGUUCCUCAUAUAUGCAAGAAAAACACAGAGAAAGCAAAUGCCCACCGGGGAUAGCUAAUGCA